AUGGCCGCCGACUCGGCGCAAGCCCGCCACACAGCAACCCUCUUCGUACUGGCGCUUUGCUUCGCCACGGCGCUGCUGCUGCGCCUGUUCCUCCUGGCGCAUGCGCGCCCUGCUGUCUACAUCGUUGAAUUCUCCGUUUUCAAGGCUGACCCCAGCUGGCGCUUCUCUCAAGACGACGUGCGGCGCUGCGCCGCCGCCGCGGGCGUCGAGCCCGAGGACGUCUCCCUGCUCUGCAAGCUGGCGCGCCGCAGCGGCCUUGGCGACGCGACCGCCGUCCCCCCCGAUUCACUGAAGCUCGUCCUCGACAACCUCGGACAGCGCAAGCCGGGCACCGAGAUGGCGCGGCGGGAGUUUGAGGCGACCUGCUUCCCAUGCGUUGAGGAGCUGCUGGCAAAGACGGGCGUGACGGCCGGCCAGAUCGGGUUCGUGAUCACGAACAGCAGCCUGUUCAACCCAACCCCCAGCCUGAGCGCGGCCGUCAUCAACCGCUUCAAGCUGCGCGAUGACGUCAUCAACUACGCCCUCGGGGGUAUGGGCUGCUCAGCCGGCGUCGUGGCCCUCGACCUGGCACGCCAGAUGCUGCAGCUGCGCCCCGGCUCCUACGCCCUCAUCGUGUCCCACGAGAACAUCACCAACAAUUACUACACCGGCCGGGACAAGUCCAUGCUGCUGCCAAAUGCGCUCUUCCGGUCCAACAGCGCCGCAGUCCUGCUGUCCAGCCGCCCAGCAGACAAGAGAAAGUCAAAGUACACUGUCAGGCACAUCGUGCGCACCAUCAUGGCGGCCGACGACGAGGCGUACGGCUGCGUCUGGCAGACCGAGGACCCCGAACACAUCCAGGGCGUGCGCCUGAGGAAGGAGCUCAUCUCGGUGGCGGGCCGCUGCGUGACGCGCAAUGUCGGCCGCGUCGCGCCGCUGGUGCUGCCGGUGUCAGAGCUAGGCAAGUGUGCCGCCGGCGCGCUUGUGCGUGCUGUACUCAGCGCCGCGCCCGCCCGCCUCGCCUCGCUCGCCCCCGAGCGCUGGCAGCGGCCGUAUGCGCCCGAUUUUUCGAAGGCGUUCGACGCUGUGUGCAUCCACACGGGCGGCCGCGGCGUGAUAGACUCAAUGGAGCAGAGCCUGGGGCUGGGGCGCGGCAUGGUGGAGGCGAGCCGCGCCGCGCUCUUCAGGUUUGGCAACACGAGCUCCUGCAGCGUAUGGUAUGAGCUGGCAUAUCUUGAGUCGUUCAACGGCGGCCUGCGGCGCGGCGCCAAGGUGUGGCAGGUCGCGUUCGGCAGCGGCUUCAAGUGCAACAGCGCGGUGCUCGUCGCGAACCGGCGCGUCGCCGACGCACACGCCGCGUGGGACGCGUUUGACCGGUCAAAGAUGUACGCCCAGCUUGACGAGAUCGAUCGCGAGGUCGCGGCGUCGAGAGCGCGCCGCGCCGCCGAGAGGGCGGCCGCAGGCGAGGCGCCAGACGCUGGUGGUCCAUAA